AUGUCCGGACAGACGGUCGUCAACUCCUCGCGCGACCGGGUCCACUCCGGAUGGAGUCGCGUGCGCCUUUUCCACCUGGACGGGGAGCACUGGCGAGUGCGGGGGACGGGCCGCGUGGCCAUCACGACCUCGGACGAGGAUCCGCUGGAGCAGAGGCUGGUCGUUGAGGGGGACGGCGGAGAUACCCUCGUGAAUCGAGCGGUUCCCGCCCGAGGGCGCGUGAAGCAGCAGUGCGGGCUGCUUAUAUCAUGGCAGGAGGAGGGCCAGGAGACCGUUCUGUCGUUCGCGAGCCCCGUCGACUGCGAACGGACCUGGUAUCAGCUGACGGGGCAGACGCGCAAGGUCUACCGCGACGCGGACGCCUCGUCGUCGACGUCGCGCGUCGACACGCACGACAUCGACGCAGAGUGCCGCGACGCACCGACGCCGACGCGCGGCGGCGACGGCUGGGAAAGCGCCACGUCCUGCGACCCCCUGCGGCGCAUGGAGAGCCGCGAGGCGACGGGCGGGGCCCCGCCGCAGGCCGAUCCGCUCGCGCUCGACCAAGGCAUGUGCUGCACGCACAAGCUGCGGUGGUGCCCGACGUCGGUCAAGUGCGCGCUCAAGUGGCAGGAGCGUCUCCUGGACGACUGCGGGCACUUCCUCCCGGAGUCGCAGUUCGUGCUCAUCGGCCCCUCGCAGCCCGACUACAUCCACACGCUGGUCGCCGGGAAGCCGAGCGCCCCGCCGCUGGUCAUCCUGCCCGGGUACGGCGCGGCGGCGGGGUACUUCUUCAAGGCCAUCCCGUACCUCGCGCGCAACUGGCGCGUGUACAUCGUGGACUGGCUGGGGACAGGGCUCUCGGGGCGGCCGCGGUUCCCCGUGCGGCCCAAGGACGCCAUCGACGAGCGCGCGCGCGUCAAGGCGGAGGGGUUCUUCAUCGACUCACUCGAGAAGUGGCGCAAGGUGAUGGGCAUCGCGAAGAUGGUUCUCGUCGGGCACUCGCUCGGCGGCUACCUCGUCGGCCGGUACGCCCUCAAGUACCCCGCGGCGGUGGUGCACGCCAUCCUGGCCUCCCCGCCGGGGCUCAAGGACAGGCCCGAGGGGUUCAGCGACGAGGAGUACCUGGAGGCGACCAACGAGCACCACUCGAAGCUGACCGGCAUCGUCAUCAAGAUCUGUAGCAAGCUCUGGAACAAGGGGCUGACGCCCGGCGCGCUGACCCGCGCGAUGGGCCCGCUGGGCAAGCUGGUGGUGUACAGCUACACGCAGAAGCGCUUCCACGACCAGCCGGACGGCGGGGUCCCGCUGGAGAAGGAGGAGCUGCACCACUUCAAGCGCUACAUCUACCACGUCACCGCGCAGCCCAAGUGCGGCGACGCGGCGCUCCGGUUCAUCCUCGCGCCCUACGCGUGGCCGCGCAACGCGCUCGGGCCGCACCUGCGGCACCGCAAGGUGCCGAUGACGGUGUUGUUUGGCGACAAGGACUGGCUCGACUCGACGGGGCUGGACGAGAUGAUCGCCGACCUGCGGCGGGAGGCGGGGCAGCACUGCGCGCUCGACAUGGACCUCGUGACGAUGCACAACGCCGGCCACUUCCUCUUCAUGGACCAGCCGGGGGAGUUCGACCGCUUCCUGGGCACCGUCGCCAAGAUGCACGGCAUCCCGUGGUCGGGCGGCGAGGAGGGGGCGGAGUUCUUCGCUGCGCCGCGGCCCGUGAAGAACGAAGUGCACCUCAACCCCGCCAAGCCCGCCGACCUGGUCGAAACGAUGGAGUAG